AUGGCGGGUUCCGGGCUACUGCCGCUGGCGCUGGCCGUGCUGCUGCUAGUGAGACCCAGAGACUCUUCUGUCGUGCUUGUAGUCACAGAAGGAAUAGAAUCACCUGGCACCAGUCCAGAGUCCACGACUGUCUCCUCCACCUCAAGUCCAGAGUCCACAUCUGUCUCCUCCACCUCAAGUCCAGAGUCCACAUCUGUCUCCACCUCAAGUCCAGAGUCCACAUCUGUCUCCUCCACCUCCCUGAGUCUGAAAGUGACAUUCACUCCAGACUCCAGCUCCAGCUCCACAGGAGCAAACUCAGGUUCAGCCUCCCCAGAACCAGAAACAGCCUCUCUCCCCAGCUCUGGCUCCCCAGGUUCCGAGCCGACCACCAUAUCCCAAUUCACAAGCUUGCUUCCACAGGGUUCACCUACUGUGUCCAGCCCCAGCCAGGAUGCAGACAGCCUGUGGAUCCCCACAGCACACAGGAACCCGGGCGUGGUGAUCGCUGUCUGUCUGCUUUUGUCUGUCUUGCUGGUGGGCUCUGUGCUCACUGCCGUGAGACACUGUAACCGAGAAGCAGCAGCUUUUCAGAAUCUGGACACAGUAUCCAUGGGCAGCGUGAGCCAGAGGCUGCCAUUUGCUGACCACCUACAGUCCUGACUCAGAGGCCUGGAGAUGGGGUGGGGAUAACACCUAAGAAAAGCAGUGGCUGGGAAAGUCCCCACUGCACUGACCUGGGGAGGAGCCUGCGGCAGGAGAAUAGCUUGAGCCCAGGAGUUUCAGGACAGUUUGGCCCACACAUCUAGUCCUCAACUCAAAGAUCAAGUCAAUCCAGGGGUGAUGGGUAUACCCAGCACUUGGGAGGUAGAGACAGCAGGGUCAGAUGUUCAAGUCUACCCUAGGCUACAUAGGGGGUUUGAGGCCA